AACAUUAUUUUCGAGUCCCAAAUCUACUUUGCAAGAGCUCGCAAGUAUCCUCAUUUUUCUCCUUCAAUUCAAUUGUCGUUCUCUUAUUUCCCUUGGUCGCUGCUACGUCGAGGCAGUCUGUGGCUUGUUCAAGGCAACCAUACAAUUGAUUCUCGUCCUUGUUACUUGCGACCUCCUUCUCCUUAGUAAGGUGGCCAAGAUCAUUGCUAAAUCAUGGCUUCUUCCUCUAAAGAGCCUCUUCUUCCAAAAGGAGACCAAGAAGGAAGAGAGUCGCCUGGAGAAGAUGGAUCCGGCUAUCCGACGCCUACUCCUGACCGACCGCAUCGCAGCGAGGGGCGAAGAGAAGCCCAGCUAUUACGAACACCUAGGUUGGCAAAAGGAAUCGAGCUUGCCAAACAGUCUGGACGAAUGGCUCGAGAUAAAAUUGCAGGAACCGGACGCCUAAUUGGAGGCAGCAAUCUGCCGGUUAGUGCGAGUACUUCCGCACUUGGACGUGGACGUGGACGCGGCGGGUACACACAAAUUGGAUCGCCGGUUCUUCAGGACACGACUUUUGACUUGUCGAAAACUCGCGACAUUAAUCCGCAACCUUCUUCUGUCUCUGAUUCAGCAAGAAAUUUGUCGGCGGAUAAUACUAGUAUUCAACCCCCGACGAGCCAGCCCACCACGCAGUCGUCAGUUACCGCAACAACCAACGCACCAGCCGUCGCAACAGGUAGUGGCAGAUUUCCUACGCGUCGAAUUCCAAGUGUUACUGGAAUUGGCCCAUUAACAAGCCAUCCCACUACAGCAUUUACUCCUGCAGCUGCUUCUGGAUCCCGGGGCGAGUUCAACAGAAAUGCACCUGGACCUCUCCGACCUUCCCAAACCUCUGGUAACUUGAGCUCGACCGCGCACAUGCAAUCCAACGCGAGCGAGAAAAAACGGGACUCUUUUAUUCCAAUUCCAAAGUCUUCCACAGUUUCCAGUUUCGCGAGUGCUGCUCCCAUUAACCCCACCGCACUCGCUCGUUUCAGAGAGGAAAACAUUCCACCUAGUGAUAAUCCCACAACCAGCAUCAGUGCACGACACAGAGACAGCCUAAGAUUACCCUCUACUUCACAAGUCCCUCGUCGUAAUUUUCCACAAUCGAAGACCAUGGCGUUUCCCAGUCUACCCCCCACCGCUGAGCACCCCGCGGACGAGAAUUCCUCGAACAACAACGGCAAAGGCAAAGGCAAAUCCAUCCAAAACGAGGAGCCGCAGCCACAACAACCUGCGCAACAACACCAAUCGCAGACUUCGCAGCCUACUACCUCUUCCAACACCCAGAAGACCCAACUACCCGCGCCUAAGCCGCAAUCCAAGAAGCCCAGCGGUCUCCCCAAGGCCUUUUCUAACUUGACAUCUUCAUUCUCUCUCGCCAACUUCGGUCGCAGCGAGAAGCGCAACGCCUCAGAGAAAUCAAUGGCAUCCUCAUCUAAGCAAGGCGCACCUCCCAAGCAAAGCGGUAAUAAUUACACCUCCACCCCCACCACCCCGAUGUCCCACGGCCCCUCAAUCGCAGGCCCUUCCGGCACCAAACCUACAAUCCGUCGCGUCACGCAAGACACACCCCCUUCCGCUGCUUCUAACGCCGCCAUCACAGCAAUGGGCACUCACACCAGUCCCACGCCCGCCUCCGGUUCCGCCUCCGGUAGUAACAACCUCCCGUACCAGCGCAACCCGCGUCUAGUCUACGAAGCGAAGUCCUUCGAGUAUUGGUCGGGCCGCUUCAUAUCCCUACAAGACCAGUACAAGAACGAGAUGCUCACGCACGAGAACCUAAACGUCAUCGUCGAUGCGCAAAUGGGACGCACACCUGCCCCUACUUCUACACCCGCAAGUGGUUCCUCGGCUCCUGCUUCUACCAACACAUCUCGCGCCGGCCCCUCGCCUCUUCCCGCGGGUCGUACCAUGGCGCCUCUGCCUCCUUUACCUGCCGAGGCAUCUACUUCUGCUUCGCGACACCAGCAUGGUCGCGCCACCGCUUCACCUUCCAUCGGCGCCCAGCGACGCGUCCAAGCUGCUGAACUAACUAACGAGGAAGCGCGCACCCGCCGCGUAUUCAUCAAGCUUGAAGCGUGCUGCGUCGGCCCUGAAGCCCUGAACAGUCUGCAGGCCUGGCAGCAAGCGUACGCGCGUAAGGUGGACCAGGCUGGUUUCCUGCCCCCGGGCGGUACCUUGGGGAGUGGUAUGCGUAACACUCACACACAUCCUUACACGAACGGCGAGAGUUCCGCUGGUCCCAGCACUGGUUCUGGUACUCAGGCUAAGGCUUCGCCCAAGGAGAAGGGUAGCAAGAAGGGCGAUAAAGACAAGGGAAAGUCAAGCGCCAGUGGUAGUGGAAGCGGACGUGGAAGUCGCUGGGUUAACCGUAUUUUCAGCGGAAACAAGGAUAAGGAUAAGAAGGGCAAGGGUGGUUUCGCGAAGAACUAAGGAGUGCGAUUUGAAUCGCGCAAUGUGGUGUGGGGUGGG